AUGGACGGCAGGAGUCAGGAGAGAGGGGACACACAGAGAAUUUCCGACACGUGCGACUGCCUGAUGAGCGUGCCCCACUGUGCUGAAGCCCAUCUGUCCCUUGUGUGCCUGGCAGGAAUCGUGGUCCAAGCACAGGACAACGGGUGGAUGGACGAGAGCGCUGUGCAGACCUGGCUGUCCAAGGAGGUGCUGCCCCAUCUGAACCCCCAGCGCGGCCAGAACGCGAGGCGUGCGAUGCUGGUGUUGGACUCCUACCACGGUCACAUCACCCAGACCAUGCUUCAGUCGUACCGCACGCACAGCAUCACCCCUGCAGUCAUCCCAACGGGUUGUACGAGCCAGAUUCAACCCCUGGACGUCUCAAUCAACCGGUGCUUCAAGGCUGCUGUGCGAGCGCGCUACGCCAGGUGGUUCAUGCGUGAGGGGAUUCACCUGAAGACGAAGAAGGGGAACCUGUGGAGGCCGCCCCACCCCGUGGUGCUGCAGUGGAUCGCGGAGGCUUGGGAUCAAGUCCCCAAGCAGAUCAUCAUCGACGCGUUCCGCCACUGUGGGAUCUCAAGCAAGCUGGACGGAACGGAGAACCACCUGGUGAUGUCUCACCUGCGCGCCAGGAGCACCACUGAUGUCUCCGCGGACAUGUCCCUCGGAAGGACCACAGGCGACAACACGCGCCUGCUCGGUUGGGCUCCAAAGGAGGAGGAGGAGGAGGAGGAGGCGAUGCAGGUGGAGGGCGUGCGGGAGGUGGCAGUGGCAACCGGCCUGGAGGUGCUGUACCAGGAGACCCCCAACUACCGCGGUGUGGCGGCCGAGGCUGACCGCAUGAUUGAGCCUAGGGAGACGGCUAGGCAUGCCUGGCGAGUGCCAGACCUGGGUGUAGAGCCUGUUGUUAGCGCAACCGAGGAGGCAGUGACUAAGGGGGGUUAG